AUGCAACCAUAUCUUAUAUUUGCUCGACCAGCUCUUUCAUACAAAGUACAAGAGCAUAACUAUAAUAUUUUUAUUCAACAACGCUUCUUUAUUUUAUUCCUCACUUUAAGGCAUGGUAUUCCUCUUUUCUCUGGUAUAUAUUUCAUUAUACAUUAUGAUGCACCAAUAUUCUAUGCAUUGGCCGCAAUUUAUGCCCUUUGUUACAUUCAAAUUGAUACCUUUAAAAAAUUCAAUCAUGUUCAAGAUGCCAUUCAAAAAAAGCAAGAAUUAAAUAAUCCAAGAAACAAUCAGAAUUUAAAUGCGACUGAAAGAGUGAAACAAUAUAAUAUUCUUUACUUUUUCCGUUUUGGCUAUUAUUAUCUUAUUUCUACUACCAAAGAAAUUAGAAAAACAUGUUUUGCCCAGACGUUCGAAGAGUUAUUUAAGGAUACCGAUUUAGACAGCUUUAAAGAUAAAGGUAUUAAUGAAAAGUUCACUAAAGAAGAUUUGAUCAUUCAACAUGAUCAAACGACAUUUACUAAAAAACAAUUUAGAUUAUUAGAGUUAGAUGUUGUUUCGGUCUAUCGACAACGAGCUGUUUACAUCAAUAAAUCGGCUGAUUCUUCUAUGCCAACAAAUUAUAUUUCACUUUCUCCUUUCUUUAGAUCAAAUAAGCUUGAAUGGGAUGAUUUUAUUAAGAGUAAAGAAGCUUCAUUCAAUUAUUAUUAA